ACUUCAAUGGGAACGGUGUGUGACUUGUGUCAAACCUCAUCAUCAGAUCCCUAAAUCACCAUCAUCGUGGAUUCAACCCUAAAUCACCAUCAUCAUCUGAUUUCAAACCAGUGAUUAUCCUUUCUAAUUCUUCCUGUUUUCACCACUAAUUUGCCUACACCUUCAGCAUCAGAUCCCUCUGUUUGAUUGGGGUGAUAUUUAAUGGGCUCACCCGAACGCGUAAAAGGUCACGUGAAACGGGAUAUAGAAGAUAGUUCAGGUGGCAGAGAUGACGAAGCAUGGGAAGCUGACGAGAGAAGAAAACGGAGGUCGGGAAAGUCAAAGCAACCCGGAAGUGGAGAGGAAAACGAGGGAGGGGAAAAUAACGGAAGAAAGGAGAAAAGCGAGAGUAGAAAGAGGCCAGGUGGCGCCAGCAAGGCAGUGAGUGAGGAGGAUGAUUAUGAGUCACGGAAAGAAUCACGAGCAAAACAAAUGAAAAAGAAACAAGAAGAGAGUGCUUUGGAGUCGUUAAGCAAUUGGUAUCAAGACGGAGACGGUGAAAACCGACAUGAUGGUGGAGAAAGAAGCGAGAGAAGAAAGUCAACUUCUAAGUUGACCGGCCGUGAGAGUUCUCAAAGCAGAAGUAAGGUUAAAGAUGAAAGAAUGCAUGACGUCGAGCCGCCAGAAAAGGAUACGCGAAAAGAAGGAAGAAAUCCGAGAAAAAGAUGGGAUGAUGCGAAUAUUGGCGACAAGGUAGAAGAAAGUAAAAAUUAUGCGGAAAAAUACGAUAAAAAAACCGGACACGGUGAAGGUGAUAAAAAUCUUAAAUACCAUGAAAAAGACGAAAAAAGAAGUGAAACUGAUGACAUGUCAGGUAAGGAGAAAGUUGAUACAGCUGAAAGAUCCUAUAAUGCUGACGAGGAUAGCAGCACAUUGAAACGGGACAAGGGUAAAAAAGACAUUGAUCGCUCUACAAGGUCUAGGACACCUGAGAGAAGCACAAGACGUCAUCACGAUAGUGAAUACAGUGAAAUGGAUUCUGACAAAAGUGGCAGUUACAGAAGGAAGGAUCUAGAAAAAGACAGUUACAGGGAUGAAAGAUCACGAGGAAGAGAUGACAGCUGGAAAAGAAGGCAGGAAACAAAAGACGGUGAUGCCCCUUAUGACUAUACUAGAGAUUGGGAGUCACCAUCUCAAAGACGUGGUCGUGAUCGUGAUCGGGUCGACCCGGAAAGACAUAUGGGUCGGAACAGGACCUAUGAUGUGAUAGAGAUCGAAACUAAAGCUUAUGAUGAUUAUGGGAGGAAGAAUGAAGUUGAUGAGCAAUCUGCUAUUGCAAGAAACACUGAUGAUCAAUCUGUUGAAGGUUCAAAAGAUCGAUAUGGAGACGAUAGAAAUAAGGAUGAUAUCGAGGGCGGGAUAGGUAGAGGGCAAAAAGGUAAUUUACCCAGUCGUCCAGGUGGCGGCUGGCAAGGACAGUCUAACAACAGAAUGGGGAGAGGAGGAAGGGUACGGCCCACCGGGAGAGACAGUCAACCAGUCAACAUGCAAGUGCCAAUGAUGGGGUCACCUUUCGGACCACUCGGGAUGCCGCCACCUGGCGGCAUGCAACCACUUACUCCCGCCAUGUCACCUGGUCCCGGUCCUCCCAUGUCUCCAGCUGUCUUUAUCCCGCCGUUUUCUCCUCCCGUUGUUUGGCCUGGAGUUGUCCCACCUGGCGGGCCGUCUGGACCGAUAUUUCCUCCAAAUAUCGGGACCCCACAAAACCCUGCUAUGUUUUUCAACCAACCGGGACCUGUAAGAGGAAUGCCUCCAAACAUCCUGGGCCCUGGUUUCAACCCGUUAGGACCCAUGGGUCGUGGUCAGCAACAGGACAAGGGGCCCGGAGGGUGGAUCCCACCUAGAAACAACGGGCCACCCGGUAAAGCUCCAUCUAGAGGAGAACAAAACGAUUAUUCCCAAAACUUUGUUGACACUGGUAUGCGGCCCCAGAAUUUUAUCAGGGAAUUGGAACUCACUAGUGUUGUUGAAGAUUAUCCAAAGCUUCGGGAGCUUAUACAGAAAAAAGAUGAAAUUGUUGCUAAUUCCGCUUCUGCCCCUAUGUAUUACAAGUGUGAUCUGCGUGAGCAUGUUCUGUCACCCGAGUUUUUCGGGACCAAGUUUGAUGUUAUUCUUGUGGACCCACCUUGGGAGGAAUAUGUUCAUCGGGCUCCUGGUGUUACCGAUCAUAUGGAUUAUUGGACUUUUGAGGAAAUAAUGAAUCUCAAGAUUGAGGCAAUCGCAGACACACCGUGUUUUGUUUUCCUCUGGGUUGGUGACGGAGUUGGCCUUGAGCAGGGUCGACAAUGUCUAAAGAAGUGGGGGUUCCGUAGGUGUGAGGAUAUAUGUUGGGUGAAGACUAACAAAACCACCGCAACACCUGGAUUACGCCAUGAUUCUCAUACUUUAUUUCAGCGUUCAAAGGAGCACUGUUUGAUGGGGAUAAAAGGAACUGUUAGACGCAGCACUGAUGGACACAUAAUUCAUGCCAACAUUGAUACUGAUGUAAUAAUCGCUGAGGAGCCUCCAUACGGCUCUACUGCAAAACCUGAAGAUAUGUACCGAAUUAUCGAGCAUUUUUCACUUGGUCGCCGUAGGCUUGAGCUUUUUGGUGAAGAUCAUAAUAUACGUGCUGGCUGGUUGACCGUCGGUAAAGACUUGUCCUCGUCAAAUUUCAACUCCGAGGGGUAUGUUCGUAAUUUUGCGGAUAAGGAUGGGAAAGUAUGGCAAGGAGGAGGCGGAAGAAACCCACCGCCAGAAGCGGGUCAUCUCGUGCUGACAACUCCAGACAUUGAAGCUCUCAGGCCGAAAUCACCAAUGAAAAACCAACUUCAAAUGCAGCAGCAGUCUCAACAGACGAAUACCAUAUCGCUUACGCCAGGUAGCGGCGGUGGCAACAAGAGGCCAGGUGGCAACGACCCGCUUAGCCACAAUGGACCGGGAAUGAACCAAGAAGCAUCUAGCUCUAAUAUCUCUGGUCCGGUUCCGUGGGGGCCUCCGAUGGGCGGUGUUAUGGGUGGUCCGAAUGAAGGGUUUUUUGAUAACAUGUAUGGUUAUAACGGUCCUUUUGGACCCAUGGGUGGUGAAUUCAUGGAUUUUGAAACCCAGAGAGCCAUGAACAAUAUGAUGUAGCUUAAAACAAUUUUAAAUUGUAUUAUUAGUCUUAUGUUCAUUUCAAUAUUGGGAUGAUCUAUUCUUCACAAUGAUCUUUGACUUUGUUAAAGUCAAAAGUCUCAUCAAUUUACAAAGAUUGUGUAGGCAUUGUUACAAUA